AAUUUAAAAAUGAAACCGAAUUUAAUUUAAAGUAAUCUUUAUUUCUUGUUUAGUGAAAAUCCAUUAUACGAUGCAGUCCAUUUACCGGAAUUUAAAGGACAAUUAUGUCGUGUUACGAAAGCAACUGAAAUUGGAAUUCUAAUUCUAUUAUCAUUAUUAACUUUUGAUGCAUAUGUUUAUCAUUUUGAAAAAGUAACUUAUCAUUAG